AUGAGUGAAGUUAAUUCUGAAGAAGAAAUAAAUGAAUAGCAUCCAACUAAAAUAACUGAUACAUCUCCAAUCAAAAAGGGAGACUUCAUGACUUAUUCUCAAUUAUAGAAAAAAAUAAAUAGUGUUAUUCCUGAUGAAGAGACAGUCUCUUAUAAUACAUCAGCUGUAUAAAAUAGUCAAUUAACUUAUUCGAUGAGUCAAUUUGAAAAAUCAAAUCUUGUUAAAAUAGAAGAAGUUAAUGAAAGUUAACACUCUCUAUUUUCUUAAUUGUAAUAAUCUCAUUUCAUUUUGGAUAACAAAGAAAAUUAAAAAAAAGAUUAAGAAAUUGAAAAAUUAAAGUCAUAAAAUGCUUAAUAAUAAAAAGAGUUAGAAGAAUUCUAAAAUACUAUACAAAAAUUGAAGAUUUGCUAAAAAGUAGAAAUUGAUGAAUUAAAAGAUUUAUUAGAAGAGAAAGAUAAAAUUAUUAAUAGAUUAACAUAGUUUGAAGCUUAUACUUAAGAGCAAUAGAAAAUGAUUGAUUAAAAAGAUAAGUAAUUGAAAGAUUUAAAACAACAAUAUGAUAUUAGAACUUUUAAUUUAUAAUAGAUUAUUGAUGAUUAAACAGAAUCUAUAAAGACUUUACAUAAAUAAAUUAGUCUUUCUAAUAACAAUUCUUCGAUUGUUCAAUCUCCUCAAUUAUUUGAAAAGAUUCGUAUCAAAUAGUAGAAUUUAAAAUCACAAUUUGAGGAACUAUCAAAAUUAUAUGAUGAAGUCAUUUGUGAAACUCCUUAAACUCCAACUUCUUCAAAAAAAUAAAUUCUAACAAGAACCCCUUCUAGAUCAAUUCAUUUAAUAUAAUAACCAUAAUAUUAUAAUACAGAACCAAAACCAGCAUUAAUAUGA